GUUUGAAUUUGUGGCAGUUGCGUUUUCACUCUCACUCGGUACGCGUACGCCAUCGGAGACGCAAGUGGCAGCUGCGCGCAUUGCUAGAGAUAACGCCAUCCACACUGCGCGCGCGGUUGCUAAGCCCGCUCGUUGCCAUCGGUUUUGACUGCCAACGGCGAGGAAAAUUUUGGCGCGAACACAACUCACACGUGCGAAUCAAAUAGUAGUGAACCAUCAUCUCAGUUUUUUGUAGUUUUUCUACGGGAAAUGAUACCGUUGUGUUAGCAAAUAUUUAACUAACCAUAACGCACGUGUGCGCCGCGCGUGAAGUAAAAAGGGGUGGGAAAAUUCUAAUGUACGGUGCACUUGUGAGCUGUGUUACAAAGUGAGUCCGUUUAUCCGUUUAUCCAAGAACGCCAAGGAUGGGACAGGAGCAGGAAGAUCACACAGUGGGCGAUGGUGAGCAACGGAAAGGAGAUGAGCAGCAGCAGCAGCAACAGCAACAGCUCGAUGAGUCUCCCGCCCAGCUAAAGAACGGCACCGCUAAGCUGACCGUCCAGUCGGCAGGCGAUCUGAAGCAAACCAUUCUCGACGGGCUGGAGAAAAAGGGCGACCGUGGGCUGUGGCUAUGGGUCCUGUUCAUCCUCUGCCUGACGCCCAACAUCCUGAACGGGUUUCACGUCUCGUCGUACGUGUUUCUGGGCCAGCUGCCGAAAAACUAUUACUGCAUGGUGCCGGAGCUACUGCAGGCCGGCUGGAGCCACGAGGAAAUACGCAACAUCACCUCACCAACGGGCAGCACGAAAAAUGGCACCUGCACGAUCUACACCUGGAACUAUGGGCAGCUGAGCGAGCUGAACUACAACGAUGCGCUCAGCUACACCCAGUCCCAUCCACCGCCGGCCGAGGUAAACUGUCUCGCGACGGCGGGCACCGGCACCGGCAGCUGGCACAUGUACUACGACCAACCGGACGGCGUAUCGAUCGUACCGGAAUGGGAUCUGCUGUGCGAGCGGACCGCACUCCGUUCGACCGUCCAGGUCGCCCUGUCGAUCGGCAAGUUUGUCGGUGCGUCCAGCUUCGGCGUCAUCUCGGACAAGUACGGGCGCAAGACGAGCUUUUCGAUUGCGGCCACACUGUACAUCGUGGCCGGGCUGCUUACGACCUUUUCGCCGUUCUACGCACUGCUGCUGCUUGGGCGCAUCGGGCUCGGUGCAUCCGCUUCCGGGGUGUUCUAUCCCGCCUUUGCUUUGCUGACGGAAAACAUUGGCAAACGGCACCGGUCCUGGAUGAGCAUUGCGUUCAACUUUUCCUACCCGCUCGGUAUGCUCUGUCUGGCGCUGGCCGCCUAUCUCAUCCAGCCGUGGCGCGAUCUUUCCCUCGCCCUGACCGUACCGUCCUUCCUGCUCGUGAUCCAUCUUUACUUCCUGGUUGAAUCUCCCCGCUGGUUGCUUAGCAAGGGCCGCGAACGGAAAGCGUACCGGAUGGUGUUCGGGCACAGCGCACCCCAGGAGCUGAUCGACAGUGCGACGGUGGCGGAAAAGCAUCAAGCCGCCGCGGAAGCGGAAACCGACCCGGCCCCGGUACCGUUCAGCACGCGGCUAAAGCAAUCGUUCAGCGAGUUUACCAAGCUGUACGGAACGACCGUACUCUGCCGGCGGGCUCUUAUUUGCCACUUUACGUGGUGCAUUACGUCGCUGUGUUAUUACGUUACAGCACUCAAUGCCGAUAACUUUGCGGCUAAUCGAAACGUGUACGUUGCGACCACCGGCUCGGUAGACAUCGUGGCGUACAUACUCUCGAUGAUCGUGCUGGCGUACUUCGGUCGGCGCAGCUCCUCGUUCUGCUUCUUCCUGUACGCCGGCGUCUGUCUGCUGGUGGUGCUAACCAUCCCGCCCGACAACACGACCCUGCUGGUAACGCUCGCGAUGCUGGGCCGCGUCGGCAUUACCGCGGUGUACGCGAUCGUGACGCUGCACACGGCGGAGCUGUUCCCGACCGAGAUACGCAACACGGCGCUCGGCAUCUGCUCGACGAUGGCGCACGUCGGCUCGAUUGCGGCACCGUACAUUACGGAUCUGCUCGGCCGGCUCGCCUGGUGGAUACCGACCACGAUCUGCGGCUGCUCGGUGCUGCUGGCCGGUGCGCUCACCCUGCUGCAUCCGGAAACGCGCGACGCCGCGCUGAAGGAUCACGCCCAGCAGGAACGGCACGCAACGCACGCGGCCGACGAGGAGAUGGACGAGAAGGGCGAAAAACCGAUCGCGAACAAUUGA